AAAUCACAAAUGUCAUCAAAUGAUGGAAGAUCCAGGAACCGGGACCGGCGGUACGAUGAGGUCCCCAGGGACUUGCCCUAUCAAGACGGCACCUUGAGAACCCUCCAGUCUCUUCACAACAGUGAGCUGGCAGAGAGCGCUGAUCCUUUGCCACCACCCCCUCUCCCGUUACAGCCACCGUUCGGCCCAGACUUCUACUCAAGUGACACAGAGGAACCAGCCAUAGCGCCAGAUCUCAAACCUGUAAGGCGCUUUGUCCCCGAGUCCUGGAAGAACUUCUUCAGAGGGAAGAAAAAGGACCCCGAAUGGGACAAGCCGGUGUCUGACAUCAGAUACAUCUCCGAUGGAGUGGAGUGUUCCCCGCCAGCCUCUCCAGCAAGGACAAACCCCCGCUCAGCCCCCAGCUCCUGCAGAGACCCUUACGGAGGGUCGGAGGGAGCCUCCAGUUCCCGGAGAGAAGCUGAUGCCCUGUUCCCCCAUGACGCCUGCGGGUCUCUCAGCCGACACACACAGUCCGCGCUGACCUACAGCGAGAAGGUGGCGGAAUAUAACCUGAGAUACUCCUACAUGAAGUCGUGGGCCGGCCUGCUGAGAAUUCUGGGGGUGGUGGAGCUGCUUCUGGGGGCUGGCGUCUUCGCCUGUGUCACCGCCUACAUUCACAAGGACAGCGAGUGGUAUAACCUGUUUGGAUACUCACAGCCCUAUGGCAUGGGAGGCGUUGGCAGCCUGGGCAGCAUGUAUGGGGGCUAUUACUACACUGGCCCCAAAACCCCCUUUGUGCUCGUGGUUGCUGGAUUAGCCUGGAUCACCACCAUCAUUCUCCUGGUUCUGGGCAUGUCCAUGUAUUAUCGGACCAUUCUUUUGGACUCCAGUUGGUGGCCCCUAACUGAAUUUGGAAUUAACGUUGCCUUGUUUAUUCUGUAUAUGGCUGCAGCCAUAGUCUACGUGAAUGAUACCAACCGAGGAGGGCUCUGCUACUACCCAUUAUUUAAUACGCCCGUGAAUGCAGUGUUCUGCCGGGUCGAGGGAGGGCAGAUCGCAGCGAUGAUCUUCCUGUUUGUCACCAUGAUCGUUUAUCUUAUUAGUGCGCUAGUUUGCCUCAAGUUAUGGAGGCACGAGGCGGCUCGGAGACAUCGGGAAUACGCAGAACAACAGGAGAUAAGUGAGCCAUCAUUGCCAUCGAAAAGGAAAGUGUGUGAAAUGACCACCUGUGAUGAUAGACAGAGGGACCAAGAAGUUAAUUUCAAAGAAUUGAGAGCAACAAAAAUGAAACCUGAGCUGCUGAGUGGACACAUCCCCCUGGGCCACAUCCCGAAGCCCAUCGUGAUGCCCGACUAUGUGGCGAAAUACCCCUCGAUUCGCACGGACGACGAGCGGGAGCGCUAUAAAGCCGUGUUCCAGGACCAGUUCUCCGAGUACAAGGAGCUCUCUGCGGAAGUUCAGGCCGUGCUGAGGAAGCUGGACGAGCUGGACGCCGUGAUGGGCAGACUGCCACGUCGUUCGGAAAACCAGCAGGAACAUGAGAGAAUUUCAAGAAUCCAUGAAGAGUUUAAGAAAAAAAAGAAUGAUCCUACAUUUCUUGAAAAAAAGGAACGCUGUGAUUAUCUGAAGAAUAAACUUUCUCACAUAAAGCAAAGAAUUCAAGAAUAUGAUAAAGUAAUGAAUUGGGAUGUCCAAGGUUCUUCUUAAACCUUAUUCGAAACCACUUUUUUAUAUCAGUCAAUAUUUAUUUACUGUCUUUUCUCUGCUGGACCCUGUGAUGGAGAAGCAAGUGCUUCCUGAAGCAGCUCGGACGGGUUUAGCU